AUGUGUAAGUGGAUUUUCAGAGUCAAGUACUCUCCCGCCGGCUUUAUUGAUCAAUUCAAAGCCAGCUUAGUUGCAAACGGUUUUCAUCAACAAGAGGGCGUCGAUUUUUCUGAUGCCUGCUCUCCAGUAGUGAAGCCAAUCACUGUUUGCAUCGUUCUCACUCUAGCUGUCUCACGCGACUGGACUGUUUGCCAAAUCGAUGUGCAGAAUGUUUUCCUCCAUGGAUUUCUUGACGAAGAGGUAUUUAUGUCUGCAAACUCCGUCGCUCUCUCUAUGGUCUCAAAUAGGGGUGUGCAUGGCAAAGAUGGAUAG